AUGCAUCAAAUGAGGCGUUUUUUUUAUUCCCAUUUCGAUGAAAAUACAUUAGAAUUCUUGGAAAAACUUUUGGAUAGAUCUGGACUAGGCGACUCAACUUAUGGGCCGCCGGCCUUAUUGAGAGAGCCGCCCGAGCCAUGCUUGGAAGCAGCGAGGAGCGAGGCGGAAAUGGUGGUGUUUGGCGCCAUAGAUGAGUUAUUGGCGAAAACGAAGAUAAAAUGUGAUCAAAUAGGUAUAUUGGUGGUGAAUUGUACCAUAUUCAAUGUGGCGCCAUCUUUAUCUAGCAUGAUUGUAAAUCGGUACAAGUUUAGAGAUAACAUUGUGAGCUAUAAUCUUACUGGAAUGGGAUGCAGUGCUGGACUCAGAGCUAUAGGACUCGCCAGUCAACUCCUUCAGGUGCAUCGACACACAUACGCCUUGGUAGUGAGUACGGAAAACAUGACCCAAAAUUUCUACUUUGGCAACGAUCGGCCUAAAAACCUCGUCUGUUCUGCUUUCCGUGUUGGUGGGGCCGCUAUCCUUCUUUCCAACGUGGCAUCAGACCGCGGGUCAUCCAAGUACAAACUCCUCCACACUGUCCAGACGCACACGGCAAGUAGUGACUCUUCAUACAAUUGCAUUUUCCAAGAAGAAGAUGAUAAAGGAAACUUAGGAAUAUCAGUAACCAGAGAUCUUGUGAUAUCAGCAGAUAAUGCAAUUCAAUCCAACAUAAAAAGGCUUGCUCCAUCAGUCCUUCCCUUAUCAGAAACAAUUUACUGUGCAAUAAAUUAUUGGCUUCUAAAACACUUGCAUUUAGCAAAUUCCAAGGCUUAUAAGCCUAAAUUCAGUAUGGCUGUUGAUCAUUUUUUCCCACACGUCGGUGCGAAAUUUUUACUCGAUGAACUUCAGAAGAAACUGGGUUUCAGUGAUGAACAGAUGGAGGCUGCUAGGAUGACACUUUACAGAUAUGGAAACACUUCUAGUAGCAGUGUUUGGUAUGAAAUGGCAUAUGCGGAGGCUAAAGGGAGGAUCAAAGAGGGUCAUAUUUUGUGGCAAAUAUCAUUCGGAUCGGGUUUUAAAUGCAGUAGUAUGGUCUGGAAGGCAAUCAAGACUGUUGAUAGAGAGAAAAUGAAUCCAUGGAGUGAUGAAAUCGAUGAAUUUCCUGUUGAUUUGAGCAACAUCAAUUCAUCAUAUCCUUACGAAUUUGAACGAUCUUAG